AUUGAAUAAGUGUGCUUCAAACUGUUGACUUGAAAUGAUUUGUAGCUAUCGUCUCUAUCUGUGCGAGAGAGUGCAUUCGACUCAGUUUCGCUACCAGAAACACGUAAUACCGUAAAGUGUUGUGUAUUCGUGCAUAACAAUUUAGGCAGAAACUGGCUUGACCAUUUUGCGAGUGUCAGUUCAGUUAACAAAUGGUCACAUUUGUGCAGCAGGUUUUUUCAAAAGCUCCCGGCUCGGCUCAGUUUAACAUUUUGAGGAUCCUCCAAUUUCAAGAAUUUUAAGAGAAAACAUCAACAUGGGAUUAUUUUGGUCAAAGUGUGGAGACAAGUAUGGAGACAUUAUGAAGGUUGAAACUACUGGUGCCUCUAAGGAGACAGCAGAUGCUGACGGCCAUGCUAGAGGUUAUAGCGGGGUGAGUGCAUCUGAGAGAAUGGCAGAGGAUGACGAGGAUGACGUAAAGAGGUACAUUGACAUCAUCAAAGAGGUGGGGAAAGAGAAUGAAAUAGCCCCAGCUCUCAUCUGUGGCAUCAUAUCAAGAGAGACCAGAGGUGGGAGAGCAAUACGUAAACCGUCCCCACCAAUCAUCCCAAAACAAGGCUGGGGGGACUAUGGAAAAGGCUUUGGGUUAAUGCAGGUUGAUGUUGACCCAAAUGGUGGCAACCACAAGAGAAAGGGUGAAUGGGACAGUAAGGAACAUCUUGAACAAGCCACUGGGAUUCUAAUUCAUUUCAUCGAACAAAUCAAAGACAAGUUUCCUAAAUGUACCAAGGAGCAGCAGCUUAAAGGGGGAAUAGCUGCCUACAACCAGGGGGAUGGAGCGAUCGAUUCGCUAUGUGAGGAAGUGGAUGAGAACACCACUGGAAAGGACUAUUCCAAUGACGUUGUUGCCAGGGCUCAAUGGUAUCACACCAACUUGGUCUGAGGGAAAAUAAACCAGAACAUUACAUCGUAUGGUUCACAGUUUUAUCCAAAAUAUUCUCAGGCGUUGAGUCAUUCAAUCAUUCUGAUGUGUUAGCAUUGCAGUUCAGCAAGAGACAACACAUUUGGCAAAAAACCUUCAGUUAAAAAAAAUAUACACAGUUAAAGGGGCAAUCUGCAGUUGCUAUAUCAUGUAAUUUCAGUCCUUCCAAAUCAAAUCAAAUGUUAUUGGUCACAUACACAUAUAUAGCAGAUGUUAUUGCGGGUGUAGCGAAAAGCUUGUGCAUCCAUAGCUCUGUCUAGGAAUUUAGUGGUAACAUUUCUCCAGCCCCAUCCCUCAGCUUUUUACCUAGACAGUGCUGGCGAGAAUGCUUUGUUUUUGUUUCAACUAAUGAUUGCCCCUUUAAAGUAGGCUAACUGUAAUUAAUACUACAAACACUCAAUACUACAAACUCUGGUGAUUGAGUUAUAAAACUGCGUGGAUAAUAGCUAAAUCUUUCUUCUUCUUCUUCAAUUCAUAUCAUUCAUUUUGAAAGAGAUAGUAGCUUUUGGACUCCUUAUCAUUGACCAGCAUCCAGACCAUUGGAAUGACAGAGGAUCCAAUAGGUUACAUUGUGUAGUUCAACUUUCAAACUUCCUCAGGUGUUGGACCAUUCAGUAACCUGCUAUGAUGAUUAAAGAUACAUUCACAAUAUGUUAUACACAAUGUAAUAUGAAGGUUUAGUUUGAUGUAUUUGUCUAACAUUGUAGUUGCUACGUAUUUUUUCUAGUUCAGUAGUCUGGUUUUUCCAAUCAACAUGAAGAUCAAUGUAAUGAGGAAUGUGUAAGGGUUUACAUUGUGUUAAAAAAAAAUGUAUUAUAAUGUUAUGUUUGAGUCAUAAGAGGCAGGCAGGCAUCAGGCAAAACUCUCUUGUAACAAAACUUUUUGGAAAUUUUAUUUGUCUUUAUUAGAUUUUAAAGUGUUAAAAAAAUAUUUUUAAUAUCCUGAGGUAUUCACAAUAUAAUGGCAUUUAUUCUGUUUGAAAUAUUGAGGAAAUGAGACAGGGAAAUGAAAGACAACAAAAAGCAGAGUUAGACAGUAGCUGUGUAGAUUGAUACAACUGUCAGAACAAACCCUUUGAGUCAUUCAUACAUGCAUACAAAAAGCCUUGGAAUUGAAAUAGCCAUGGAAAAAGUACACAAUUUCCCCCUUGUAAUAAAGCAAGUCAUGCAAUACUGUGAUUAGAAACCCUAGAGAACAAGCAAAUGAUUCUAUACCAAAACAUUUUAAAACAGGGGUUCCACCUCACAUACUUAGCAUGUUAGCUAACCAUGCCUCUAACCCUAACCCUUUAAGCUAACCCUUCUCUUAACCCUAACCCUAGCCUAGCUAGCGUUAGCCAGCUAGUCAGAAUUCGUAACAUAUCAUAUGUUUUCCAAUUGUAACAUAUUGUACGUUUUGCAAAUUCGUAACAUAUAAUACAAAUUGUAAUUCAUAACAUACGAAACGUAACAUAUCAUACUAAAUGGGGACAUACAUAAAUUAAUACAUACCAUACGAAACGUAACAUUUCGUACUAAAUGGAGUGUCUCGGAAUAACGUACAGAAUAAUACGAAAUGCUCUGAGACUAGGUUGCAAAUAUUAAAAGUAUGCUAAUCAGGCAGCCAUGUGAGGCUCUUUUCACCAAAAAGAGCCUUUAAAAAAAAGCUGUUUGUACGCGAACGACCCAUCACUUGCAGCUAUUUUUUGAGGCUUCAGUUUCAGGGAGAAGGAAGAGGUGCGACUGUGUGAGGAGGAAGUCAUUAACUGUUACAUUUUUGCGACAGGUUCUUGCAAAAGCUCCCGGCUGCGCUUAGUAUAUCAUUUUGAGUAUGCUCCAGUUUUAAGAAUUUCAAGAGAAAACAUAAAAAAGGAUAAGCUUUAUUCAGUGCUGUCAAAUGGUGCAACUGUGUUUAAUAUUUGUAAAAUAGCUUUAAUAAAUUUGUUACGUGAUAUCUCAAUUGGCCCAAGGGGGUCGCUGCAUCAUUCGUGGGGGAUGACAUGUUUACCGUUGCCUUGUUACUUUACAAUCUCUGUCUAUUUAUAUAAGGUGAUAGGUUUGGUUUCUGAGCUUUAACUAUUAUUAAUCAUUAGUUAUAAAAGAGACAUGAGGAGUGUCAUAAUGAAGCUUAGGAGGGGCUGAGUGCUGGGGAAAAGAUCACAUGUGGCAGUACUGAUAAGGGGAGGAACCAUUUAAGGCCCAUAUCACUCAGCUCCCUGCCUAGCAAUAAUGAUGCAAUGUUUGGUGAUAACGAGGAGACUCUACCCAAAGUGGGGUAUGUAUACUACCACGGAUGAAGCCAUGUUUUUGUCUAAUGCAGCUGUAUUGACCCUCUGGGAAGAAUAAACUUGGUUUAAGCUUU